CAGACAAUUGACAAGAUCAUCUGCAAGAGCUUGGAGGAUGGCCUGUCUCGAGGGAGUGCGUGUUAUUGUGGAUGGAGAUGCACUUGACGUGUCGGUGCUCAGGGAAGCGCAGGCGAACGAGGUCGAAGCGCACGACCUGCAGGACCAACCGAAUCCCGUCUACCUCAUCACAAAGGACUUUCACUCGCCGCUCUCGUUGACGUGUCAGCAGCUCUCACACGUACAUCUCGUGACGCCAAACUGGGUCACCUUCUCCAUCACUAGAAAACGACUGCAGGAUCCAAAGUUGUUUUCGCCAGAUCCGCGCCAAUUCUUCACGGGAGUGGUCAUCUGCUGUUCAGAGCUGUCUACAGGCGACAAGGAGGCUAUCUAUGGCGGUGUCUCUGCCCUGGGCGGGUCAUAUUGCGAGCAUCUGACUAAAUCAGUCACUCACAUGGCAGCCUUGACUUUGAACAGCGAGAAGUGCCAGGAGGCGCUCAAUGCAAAGGUGGACGUUGUUUUGCCACACUGGAUUGAUGACUGUUUGCGUCUGCGACGACGCGUUCCCUCAGAGCCCUAUGCCUUUCCGGAUCCCAAGAUUCUAAAGACGAAUCUGAAUGACGAAUUGCCACGCGCUACACAGGAUAAUUUCACUCAUCUCAAGGACUACUCCUUUGCGCUGGAUCCCGCUAGUUUGCCAGCGGAAGAGGACGUCUUUGCAGGACGGAGUAUCUAUUUGGCAGACGAUCUUGAGCUGAGCGAUCGACUACAAACAACCAUCGCCACCGUCAUUGCCAAUGCGAAUGGCAAAGUUGCAGCAACACCACAAAAUUGCGACAUUUACAUCGGCCGUCUGCGUGAAGGCAGUGCAUACAAGUACGCUGCAGCUAAUAACCGCAUUGUCGGCAAUUGGGCAUGGUUGUACUAUUGUCUUGCGCAUGGCAAGUUUAGCUCACCCAUGAAGCAUCUCCUGCAUUAUCCAGUGCCCACGAGCGGCUUACCUGAAUUUGCAGACCGUAUCUUCACCAUUUCAAACUAUACAGGGUAUGCAAGGACGUUUCUCGAGCAGCUCAUCAUUCGCCUGGGCGGGCGCUAUACGCGUAGUAUGAAGCCGGAUCACACGCACCUCAUCACUGCCAUUGAGUCUGGUGAAAAGUACAAUACCGCCAAGCAGUGGAACAUCGAGUGCGCUAAUCAUUUGUGGUUGGAGGACUGUUAUGCAAAAUGGCAAGCACUGCCGUGUACCCUCAAAUCUUAUCAAUACUGGCCGCGCGAGAUUCACCUGAUGGAUGUGGUGGGUAGCACACCACUUGAGAUGGAAGGCAUCUUGCCCUUUUUUGAGGAUGAAAUUCAGCAAGCAUCUGAAUUGGUCAUGCCGAGCUCAAAGACGCUCGAUGCAGAGGAGAGUCCUGUCUUGCGUCAAAUGCAAGCCAACACACCGAACCGCGCUCAGCUGUCACCACCAGCAUCACGCCACUCUACCGCACGCAAGGCAAGUACUGCAGCAGCGACCAAGUUGCGUGACAGCAUGCAGGAUGCCAACAAGCAUGCUCUUGAGCUGAAGCGCAAACACCCAGACUCGGCGACACCCCGUAAGAGUGUGAAGCUGACGAGCAAGCGUCUACUACUGACGGGUUGUCCUGAAAUGUCUGCUGCAACCGAAGCAACUUUGACGGAGAUGGGUGUUGUGAUUGUCGAGCAUGUCAAAGAUGCAACGCACCUGGUGGCACCACGACUUGCACGAACAAAGAAGUUUGUUACUGCCAUGCCUAUUGCACAUAAACUCAAGUUUGUGAAUUGGGAUUGGGUCAUGGAUGGUGUCAAGACGCACAAGCUUGCGAAAGAACAAUUAUACCCCAUGGCUAUCCCAGAAGAUCAAGCGUGGGCUGAAGACUUUUCUGUUGCAAGUGUUCAAGCAGCUGCAAAGCGUCUUCAGGAUGCGGAUGGUCUCUUUGCCGGGCGGCUGGUGCACAUUUCCGAUGCUGCCGCCAAUCUUGGGGGCUUUGGGACGUAUCGCGAGAUCAUUGCAGCAAAUGGCGGACAGUGCACAUUGUUUGGCAAGCGGCACGAGUUUCAGAGCGACAAGCAGGUGAUGAUUGUGCUGGAUGAGAAAGAUGCAGCGCUGGCCAAGUGGCGGCGGGAGCGUAGGAAGAGUGGGCCAGGGGUCAGUUGGCAAUGCUUCGACCGGGAGUGGCUUAUGCAGAGCGCGAUGCGUCAGGAAUGGAUGAGUGAGAGGGAGCUCAAGUAGUCGAGUAGUUGCAUAUAAGUGUAUAAGCG